UUUGUUCUAAUUCUGUGAAAAGUGCUAUUGGUAAUUUGAUAGGGAUUGCACUGAACUUAGUCUGUAGAUUACUUUGGGCAGUAGAGUCAUCUUGACGAUAUUGAUUCUUCUGAGAGCACGACGUGUCUCUCCGUCCAUCUGUCUGUCGUUUCUUUCAUCAGUGUUUUAUAGUUUUCUGAGUGCAGGUCUUUUGCCCCCUUAGGUAGGUUUACUCUUAGGUAUUUUAUUCUUUUUGAUGCGAUGGUAAAUGGAAUUUUCCCCUUCACUUGUCUUUCUGUUCUUUUGUUGUUAAUGUAUAGGAACCAAGGGAUUUCUGUAUAUUAAUUUUGUGCAACGUUAGCUUUAGUGGUUUUCUGGUAGCACUGUUAGGAUUUUCUAUGUAUAGUAUCAUGUCAUCUGUGAACAGUGACAGUUUUACUUCUUCCUUUCCAAUUUGGAUUCCUUUUAUUUCUUGUUCUUCUCUAACUGCCGUAGCUAGGACUUCCAAUACUAUGUUGAGUAACAGUGGCGAGAGUGGACACCAUUGUCUUGGUCCUGAUCUUAGAGGUGAGGCUGCGGUUCUUCACCAUCAGAAGGAUGUUUGCUGUGGGUCUGUCACAUGCGGCCUUUGUCUGCAGUCUCAGCUUCUGGAAGAGCCUUCCGCAGCCUGUGGGCAGAGCCAUCUGCGCUCGGGCCUCUGGGAUGCUCACCCUGCCUCCUUCACCCGCAGCUGUUCCUUCUGCCACCAUGAGGAACAUCUUCAAGAGGAACCAGGAGCCCAUGGUGGCUCCCGCCACCACCGCCAUGCCCACCGGCCCAGUGGACAACUCCACAGAGAGCGGGGGUGUGGGCGAGGGCAAGGAAGACGUGUUUGCCAUGCUCAAGGAGAGGUUCUUCAACGAGAUCGUCAAGCUCCCUCUGCCCCCCUGGGCGCUGAUCGCCAUCGCCGUGGUCACGGGCCUUCUGCUGCUCACCUGCUGCUUCUGCGUCUGCAAGAAGUGCUGCUGCAAGAAGAAGAAGAACAAGAAGGAGAAGGGCAAGGGUGCCAAGAACGCCAUGAACAUGAAGGACAUGCGGGGCGGCCAGGAUGAUGAUGAUGCGGAGACGGGCCUGACGGAGGGCGAGGGCGAGGGCGAGGAGGAGAAGGAGCCCGAGCACCUGGGCAAGCUGCAGUUCUCCCUGGACUACGACUUCCAGGCCAACCAGCUCACCGUGGGUGUCCUGCAAGCCGCGGAACUGCCCGCCCUGGACAUGGGCGGCACCUCAGACCCUUAUGUCAAGGUCUUCCUCCUUCCAGACAAGAAGAAGAAAUAUGAGACCAAAGUCCAUCGGAAGACGCUGAACCCCGCCUUCAAUGAGACCUUCACCUUCAAGGUGCCAUACCAGGAGCUGGGUGGCAAGACCCUGGUGAUGGCCAUCUACGACUUCGACCGCUUCUCCAAGCACGACAUCAUCGGUGAGGUGAAGGUGCCCAUGAACACAGUGGACCUGGGGCAGCCCAUCGAGGAGUGGCGGGACCUGCAGGGCGGGGAGAAGGAGGAGCCGGAGAAGCUGGGCGACAUUUGCACCUCAUUGCGCUACGUGCCCACGGCCGGGAAGCUCACCGUCUGCAUCCUGGAGGCAAAGAACCUGAAGAAGAUGGACGUGGGUGGCCUUUCAGACCCCUAUGUGAAGAUCCACCUGAUGCAGAAUGGUAAGAGGCUCAAGAAGAAGAAGACGACGGUGAAGAAGAAGACCCUGAACCCUUACUUCAACGAGUCCUUCAGCUUCGAGAUCCCCUUUGAGCAGAUCCAGAAAGUGCAGGUGGUGGUCACCGUGCUGGACUACGACAAGCUGGGCAAGAACGAGGCCAUCGGCAAGAUCUUCGUGGGCAGCAACGCCACGGGCACGGAGCUGCGGCACUGGUCCGACAUGCUGGCCAACCCCCGCCGGCCCAUCGCGCAGUGGCACUCGCUCAAGCCUGAGGAGGAGGUGGACGCGCUGCUGGGCAAGAGCAAGUAGGGCCGCGGCCGGGCCGCCGC